GGAAGUACAGUUACAAAGAUGACAUGGUAUCUAUUUUCCUGCUUGUUAACCGAAAAAAAAAAAAAAAUAAAAAAGAACGAGAAGAUUGUAAUGGUGGUACGAUUAAAAUUGGAGGCCCUUCUCGGCCUCCUCUCUGUCCGUCAUCGUCUGUAACAGAAAUUGGGAUUUGGUGAUGGCAAUGGAAGGCCGAUAAUCCGUUGCAGGCAAGGCUGCAAUUCGUGUUGGAAUUGCGUUGCGAUGGUGGUGGGUCAUGGAAAGAACCGAGCAUUAGAGGAUCGGUCGCCUAAGAAGGAGGUGCCGGGCCACCCUCGUUCUUCUACGGCUGCCGGAAAAGCCGUUGCUCGCCGUGGCACGGUAAAAAUACGGACGACGAAGACGACUUAACCCUGGCAAAUUGGUCAAAAUCUCCCAAACGCACCCCUCAUUCAACCACGCACAAACGGAACAGGAUGGUACGGAAUCAAUAUAAGCUCUUGGGCAUUCAGAAAAAACAUUCGGAUUCUAUACCGAGUCAAGGUGCAUCCGAUCAGGCACAGCAGCUUGCAAGCUCCACUAAGGUGGCAUCAGACAAGACAUUAUCAGCAGGAGAGGCCAGGUCGUCUGCUGUGUUUCGAGCAGAGAUGAUCCAAUCAAAGUUAGAUCCGAGAUUCCCUAGCUUUGUGAAGUCAUUGGUCAGAUCACACGUUGCUGGUUGUUUUUGGAUGGGGCUCCCUGCGUUCUUCUGUAAGAGACACUUACCAGAUAAUGACACUACAGUUACUUUGGAAGAUGAAUCUGGUAAAGGAUACCAAUUGAAAUACAUUGCUUGCAAGACAGGUUUAAGCGCUGGUUGGAGGCAGUUUUCUGCUGCCCACAAAUUGCAGGAGGGAGAUGUUUUGGUCUUCCAAUUAGUUGAACCGUCUAAAUUUAAGGUUUAUAUAGUAAGAGCAAAUGGCUUGAGUGAACUGGAUGGGGCGGUUUCCCUUCCCAAUCUGGACGAUCAUACCAAGCAAAAAGCAAGAGAUAAUGCAAAUAAGGAUGCUCUUCCGAGUAAUAGCCCUAAGAGGAAACAACAAAAAUCUGAUUUACCACCUCCGGUUGUCCAGAAGAAAAAGAAGACUAAUGCGUCGAGGAUUUCCCCCAAGGUUAGGCAGCGUGCAGAACACUGUGAAUAUGAAAGUGAUGAAGCUGGUUCAGAAGUACUGGAGAGCUUUGGAAGGGAGGUUAAAUUCAAGGAUGUAAGGGGUUUUGAAAAUUUCAGUAUCAUAGUUGAUGGAAUUCCAAUAGAUUCUGAGCUCCCCCAUGAGGUUAGAAAUAAGUACUACAAACUCUGCCAUAGCCAGCAGGCCUUUCUACACGAUAAUCUCAUCAAGGGCAUCAACUAUAACCUUCUUGUCGGCAUCGUAUCUGAAGUUGUCAACAUUGCUGAUGCCCUGAGAUCUAGCUCGCUACAUAUCUCACCCACUGAAUUUGCUAAAUGGGAUAAAGAGUUGCUAGCCUUUGAGUUUUUGGGGAUGAAUGUGGAAUUUUUAAGACACCGGUUAUGCAGGCUUGUAAACUUGGCAUAUGAAACACAAGAUGCCUCCGAGACUUCAAGGCAUUCGGAGUCCACAGCUGAAUUCAGUCGAGCAGAUAACGAGAUAAUGAACAUUGAAACAAAGCUGGAAGAAUUGAAAGAAGCUUGUGAUGGUUUUGGUUCUUAUAUUGAGAGUUUGAGGUACAAAGGUGGGCGCUUCCAUCACUAGUUUUAACAAUGAGGUCACUAAUCCUUCCUUGGUAAACAACGUCAAUCUUUGCCAUGUAGUAAAAUAUUUAUAUUAUAAUCCUUCAUCUCAAAUUAUAAAAUAUUUUUAAAAAAAUUUAAUAUCUCUAAAUAUAAAACACUUUGACAGAAGUAAGGUUUCAUUGAUUAUACUUUUUUAAUAUUAUCCUUAUCAUAUAUUUUUUUUAAUAUUUUUUUAUUAAUAAAGUAUUAAAGAAAAAAUAUUUUUAAAAAUUUAUAUUUUUAUAUUGAAAAAGUAAGGUUGUAAAAUAUAUUCAAUGAGUUUUAUUAAUAUGUGAGAUUUUAUUUAAAGAUAUUUUAUAAUUUGAGAUGAAAGGAAUGUCAUUUAUAUGUACUUUUUUCUUGGGUUUGUAAGUAUAACCCCAGCUUCAUUUCUUAAAAUUGACAUGAAUUUGAUGUCAAACAUUCCAUCCUCAUCAUCAUCCUUAUUUCUAUCUCUAAUUCGGAUCCCCAGAGCAUACAGGACUUCUUCUAAUCCCCCUAUAGAGUUAUGCUCUUGAAGAGCUUUCCGGACAAUCUCUGAAAAACACUUGAUGUUUGUAUUUGAGAGUUGUUUACUUA